AUGGGCUGUUUUGAAUUCGCACGAAGUUUCGUGCGUCGAUUUUCUAGCAUACCAUCAAGUGGCCUUUUGAAAUUGAAGACUUCAAACUCUAUGGUUAUUAUUUCAGGGCCAGAUGCUACAAAAUUUUUAAACGGAUUGUUAACUAUUAGACUGUUGCCAACAAUUUCGAAGACAAGACUCACAACUGUUUCGAAUCAGGAGGGGGAAUACUUGGAUCUUGCACAAAGUUUGAAUAUUGCCGAAAAACAAGUCAGAGAUACAUCAUGGGGAAUAUUACAUGAUGAUGAGUAUUCCGAAGGUGUGGAAAAGGUGGGUAUUCGACGUGAUGGUAGAUAUGGGAUGCUGCUUUCUUCAAAGGGAAGAGUUGACUCGGACCUUUUCGUUUACCCAAUUCCUUUUAUUGGUGAUGUAAAAGAUGGUCCAUCGUAUCUUGUUGAAUUUAAUAGUGGAUUAGAGCGAUUCAGAAAGUUAUUCAUGCUAUUAAAAUUGCAUAAGCUUCGAACCUGUAUCAGCAUUAAUCAUCCACCGAAAUUGCAGUCGUGGGUAUAUUUUAAUAGGACCGAAGCAUUUGAAGAUUUUGCCUACUCACUUAAAGAUCGGUUCUUUAACAACAAGACGUCUAAAUCCCCAGAAAAAGGUUUGCAAUUAGCACGAGAAUUUCUACAGUCUGGAUUACUAUUUCAGCCACAAUAUCAUUCUAGAUUGGAAAAAGGUCUCGUUGGAUUUGCAAUUGAUAACCGUUCUUCCCUUCCCAUGUUUCGUCUGAUAACAGAUAAUUCUUUAUUUAAGGACUUUCCAGACAUGUUCAGUCAAGAUAUUCCAGGUGUUUCCGAGCGGAAUUCUGCAUCGCGUGCAUUUCAUAGCAGCAAUAACUUAUACGAGCUAUUGAGAAUAAAACAGGGACUAGUUGAGAUGAGUGAUUACCAAAUGGGUGCACACUCACCACUUCCUUUUGAAUUCAAUAUAGAUUAUGCAAAUGGUAUUAAUUACAAUAAAGGAUGUUAUAUAGGUCAGGAACUAACCAGCAGAACUUGGACCAGAGGAGUCAUUCGGAAAAGAAUAAUGCCUGCCAAUUUUUUCGUACAAAACGAAUGUGAUGAUUCAAUCAUCAGCAAACUUGGGGCAAUCGAUGAUUUAAAAAUCGUCAGGGAAGAUAAGAGAGAGAAGGGUUUGGAGGAAAAGCAGGCUGUUUUCAAUCCCUUUGGUGUUUCACCUAAAAAAUCGGCGAAAUCCGGUUUAUCGAUAAUAGGAGCUGUGAUCCGUACUGUCUCUAAUGCAGGAUUAGUAUUGGUAAAUAUAAAAGAUAUUGACCUUACGGAGAACGAUAAAAAUAGCAAUGUCUUCUGUGUUCAAUCCGAUUCAGUUCCGGAAAUCAAUGGCAAAGUUCAAUGUCAAAUCAGAGUCCCUGAUUGGUGGCCUAUUGAAGACGAGAUUGAAUAA